GCUGUCAUUACUGUUGGCAAAACUGCUGUCAACAAUUGCCGGAUAUAGAAAUUUGUAAAUAUUUCCUUUCCUCAUUCUUUCUGUUAUUAGCCGUCAUAAGGGGCAGUCAUGGCGUCAAAAGUAUCUCGUGAUACUCUUUAUGAGUCUGUAAAUGCUGUCUUAGAAUUCUCUCAAAAGAAGAAGCGUGGUUUUUUGGAGACAUGUGAAUUGCAGAUUGGACUUAAAAACUACGAUCCUCAAAAGGACAAGCGUUUUUCCGGCACUGUCAAGUUGAAGCAUAUUCCACGUCCAAAAAUGAAGGUUUGCAUUCUUGGCGAUCAACAGCAUUGUGACGAAGCUAAAGCUAACGGAGUCGAAUGUAUGGAUGCAGAAGCUUUAAAGAAGUUGAACAAAAAUAAAAAGUUGGUAAAAAAAUUGGCCAAGUCUUACGAUGCAUUCUUGGCUUCUGAAUCCUUAAUUAAACAGAUUCCCCGUCUCUUGGGACCGGGCUUGAAUAAGGCCGGCAAGUUUCCUGGUUUAUUGUCACAUACAGAAUCGAUGAUGGCCAAAAUCGAGGAAGUUAAAUCAACAAUCAAGUUUCAGAUGAAGAAGGUAUUAUGUCUAUCAGUUGCUGUCGGUCACGUAGACAUGAAACCCGAUGAACUUGUUCAAAACAUUCAUUUAUCAAUCAAUUUUCUGGUGUCGCUUUUAAAAAAGAAUUGGCAAAAUGUACGUUCGUUGCACAUAAAAUCGUCAAUGGGCCCACCACAACGCCUUUAUUAAACUUGCAAAAAUGUAUUUUUAUUUGAAAUAAACUUGCAUAUAUACAUAUAUAUACGGAUAUAUGAAAUAAAACAUCUAUUGUAUUUAUUAGCAUGUAACAAUGGUGUAAUUAAAAUUGCAAUUAGUGCACCUUUGUGUACC